AGGGCUAAACAUAAAAACCCUAAAUCCCAAUUCUUCCUCAGAUCCUUAUAAAUAACAGUUUCGACACAUUGCAUCAAUCACUCAAUCAGUUUCGGCACAUUGCAUCCAAGGCUUCCAAGCGACUCUUCCUCUUCAAAAUCUCUCUCUCUCUCUGUGCUGCUUCUAAUUCAUCCUUUGCUUCGUGUUCGAUUUUUCUCUGCAGGCUUUUAUUCUGAAGUUUUUUUUUCCUGUUUGGUCUCGGUUUGAUUAUCUGAAUUUGCCAAUCUUUUUUUUCUGUUAACGCGUGAAUCUGCAUUUUUUUCUUGCGAUCUUGGUUUUGUGUUUCUCUGUGUUUUUUGUUUUGUUUUUGUGUUGGAUUUAACAUGGAUGCAGGUAGUAUGAACACUUCUUCGCAUUUGAAAGCGCAAGCUCGAUGCCCGCUUCAAGAGCAAUUUCUUCCCAGAAGAAAUUCCAAGGAAAACUUGGAUCGAUUCAUACCGAACAGAUCGGCCAUGGAUUUCGACUACGCUCACUACAUGCUGACUGAAGGAAGGAAAGGAAAAGAGCAAACGACGGCAAAUGCAGCAGUGAGUUCUCCAUCCAGAGAGGCAUACAGGAAGCAAUUGGCCCAGACCUUAGACAUGAACCGCAGCCGCAUUCUUGCUUUCAAGAACAAGCCUCCUGCUCCUAUGGCACUGCUUCCGAGCGACCACUCUGCCUCUCUUAACCAUCAGCCUAAGUCUGCGAAGCCUCGUAGAUACAUUCCUCAGACAUCUGAGAGAACGUUGGACGCCCCCGACAUCAUGGAUGACUUCUACCUCAACUUGCUGGAUUGGGGCAGCGCAAAUGUUCUUGCUAUAGCUUUGGGCCAAACCGUGUAUUUGUGGGAUGCUUCCAAUGGUUCCACGUCUGAGCUUGUGACGGUUGAUGACGAAAGUGGACCUGUCACGAGUGUUAAUUGGGCGCCUGAUGGCCGACAUAUUGCAGUUGGCCUCAAUAAUUCUGAAGUGCAGUUGUGGGACUCGGCAUCCAACCGUCAACUGAGAACAUUGCGUGGUGGCCACAUUUCAAGAGUAGGGUCAUUGGCAUGGAAUAAUCACAUACUGACAACGGGAGGAAUGGAUGGACAGAUCAUCAACAACGAUGUCAGGAUCAGAUCACAUAUAGUGGAGACUUACAGGGGCCACAGCCAAGAGGUUUGUGGGUUGAAAUGGUCUGGAUCCGGCCAACAACUAGCAAGUGGUGGCAACGACAACCUCGUACACAUAUGGGAUCGAUCCAUGGCAUCCUCAAACUCACCGACGCAAUGGCUCCACAGGCUUGAGGAUCAUACAUCUGCGGUUAAGGCUCUUGCAUGGUGUCCUUUCCAAGGGAACUUGCUUGCAACCGGGGGUGGUGGAGGAGAUAGGACCAUCAAGUUCUGAAACACACACACAGGAGCUUGCUUGAACUCAAUGGACACUGGCUCACAGGUUUGUGCUCUGAUAUGGAGCAAGAACGAAAGAGAGUUGCUUAGCUCACAUGGGUUUACGCAGAAUCAGCUCACACUCUGGAAGUACCCAUCCAUGGUGAAAACGGCCGAGCUCACAGGUCAUACAUCCAGAGUUCUGUAUAUGGCUCAGAGUCCCGACGGUUGUACUGUAGCUUCAGCGGCAGGAGACGAAACACUGAGGUUCUGGAAUGUUUUCGGAGUUCCAGAGGCAGCCGCAAAAGCAGCACCUAAAUCCAAUCCAGAGCCAUUUUCUCAUGUCAACCGUAUUCGGUGAAGGGUUGGUAUGGAAACAGCAAGAAUUGUGCAGGGAUGGGGCCGAAGACAAGCUUCAAACAAGCUUCAAACAAGCUUCAUAGAAGAAAACAACCGCUUCCUUUCAGAUUCAUUCUUCAUGAAUUGCUUGAUAAGAAAAAAAGGAGAAGUAAAAAAAUGUAUAUAAGAUAUGCCAAAUGCCUAUGUGAAAUUUUGUGCCUAAUGUAUUGAAAAAGUAAAAUAAAAAAAUAUAUAAAGAAAAACAUAAUCACUACAUCUCUUA